AUGGCAGCCUCCAACGAGUACGCCUACCAAGGCAUCGAGAAAGCUAUGUUCUACCGUAUCUGCCGCCUCCUUACCCUAAACAUUCAGCUCAUAUUCGUCUUCGAUGGCCCCGGUCGACCUUGGAAGCGGGGAAAGCGAGGUGGAGCACGGAUAAACUACGAGGAGCAGCGCUUGCUCAAGGAGAUGCUUCAAUACUUUGGGAUCCCAUACCACGAGGCCCCGGGGGAAGCAGAGGCAGAAUGCGCUCGUCUGCAGAUUCUGGGCAUGGUUGACGCUGUUUGGUCGCAAGAUUCUGACUGUCUCAUGUUUGGCUGCACCCUCUGGCUACGGGAUCACCGUGUCGCGAAAGAAAAGGGCACGACAGACAGAUCCAAGGAGAACACCAAGAAGAAUGGGAAAUACGCCAACGUUGUACGAGCACACGACCUCAAAGAGAAAUAUGGCCUAGACCGAGAAGGGCUGGUGCUUUUUGCCAUGCUUGUCGGUGGGGACUACGACGUGAAAGGUCUACCACAGUGUGGGCCGGCUCUAGCCUUGCAGGCAGUCAAGCAGGGACUCGGUCGGCGGCUUUGUGCCUGUCGAGAUCAGAUGGAGUGCGGCAUCUGGACUGUGGAGCUGGCCAUGUUCCUGGAGCGGAGUGCUCGCGGGCGCGCUAUCGAAAUCCCGCCAGCCUUUCCAGACUUCAAGACCCUACAGAAAUACUACAAACCGAAAGUCACCAGCGACGCAGAUUUACUUAACAAGUCGCGCCUCAACCUUGACUAUCUUCGCCCGAUCCAGGAGCUGAAGUUGCUUACACUUACCAGCGAGCGCUUCAACAUAUGGGGACGUUUAUACAUGAACUGGGUUGGGCCUGUGCUGCUGACACGAAGCCUGACCGCAAGAGAUUCAUCUUUACCACAAGAACUGGUCCACGGCAUCAGGCUCACAAAGCAAAAAGCGAAGAAGACCGACAACGAACUGGCCAUACGCACUUUCGAACGUAAGCUGACUUUUUCACCCUUUGGCGUCACUACCCUGAGCAGAGCCGACUUCGAGGGUGAGCGCUUAGGGUGCUGGAAUGGAGACAAGCAGACCUUGUUUGACCCAGAGCAUCGUGUCGAAUGCGAAUAUCCUGAGUACUGGCUGCGUAAAGUUCUUCCGCCGGACGUACUGGAACCGCCCCCUGCACCACCAAAGCGUACGCCAAAACGCAAGCGACCAAUAGCUGAAGUUGGGGAGGACGGCGAAGCCUCAGGCACAGCUAAGCAAAAAUGUACGAACAAAAGAGACAAUAUCUCCGCUACCCGGGCUACAUACAGUGCAUCCCCCAGGAAAUCCAGACGACCAGCCGCGAAGGCCAAGUCUCAAGAAACGCAAAUGACGCCCACAGCACAAAAGAUCUUCGAUUAUAUUGCACUCUCGGACUCUGAAGAUGAAGGUGGGCUUUCUCUACCAGCCGAUGCACGCUCUCAAGCAUCUGCAGUGAAUCAACCGACGACAUCUCAUAUUAUCGAUCUUGGUUCGCCUGAGCCGUCAGAUCAGGAGAACGAUUCACCCGUCUCGGAUCCUUUCCGGAAUCCCGUAGCAAACACAUUGCCAUUCGAUAUCCCAGAUGAAGAAGACGAAGAGCUGCAAUUAGCUUUGCGGCUAAGCAUGCAAGAUCAAGGCGCCAAGAUCCCCCCAAUACAAAGGUCUUCCGCUUUACCUUCUUCAAAUCGUGGCAGAUAUGAAAGCAUUUUUGCAAUGAGAGAAGCCGGUAGAGAUGUACACGGGGCCUCUGUACCUGCUUGGUCGCUUGAUGAAGCACUCAGCGCGGCUGUGCCCUCCAGAGUUUCUCAAAAUCCCCGACGAGUGGAGAAUGAAUCGCGCAUAUCAAGUAUGCCAAUGAGAGGUGUUCACGCAGGUCUUAUAGGAAGGGAACCAGUCGACAUACCUGACUGGUCGCGCCCUUCUCCGCGCACUAAUCUAUUGCCAGUGUCUGCAACUCCACCUUCGAAUCCAAAUACAGAAGAUCAAAGUACACCAUCUCCUGCACCUACCGCGGCUGAGAUACGCGCUGCUCGGCUUCGACACUUCGCAACGACAUCUCCCGACCCUGCCAAGGACGCAAACGAGCCACGUACUUCUUCGCUUGCUGUCAUGCCAAACAAACAACCAACAAGUACUUAUAAGGUACCAGUGGGGGUUGAGUGUAUUGAUCUGACGGAUGACUGA